CAAAAGGAAUUAUGAUCAGCUUCUUGUUGUUUGUAUCACAAAUUGAAGAGGCGAAGCAAUUUGAUAGUACCGAACAUAUGGAUUAUUUUUUCGGUCGCAAAAAUGAAGAUGAUUUUGUCGAUGAAAAACGACGCAGGGUCAAAGACGAGUCACCUUCUUCCAAGACGAAAUCAGGAUCCGUGGAUGAAGAAUACGAGGAUGCGCAGCCGUACCAGCAUGGUGGUGGUGACUACCCGCCAAAUGAACACGGUUCACACUACUCGACCGGAGGACACGGUAAACAUGAAGGCCGCAGAGGUGGUGAAAGAAGGUCUGAUGAUGACAACGACGAUGAUCGUGGUCAUGGUCGUUCCCGUCCCUCAUCUAAAACUCACCAUUUCUCUCGUCCUGAUUCACGUUCACCUACCAGAACCUCCAACCAUCCCACUUUCAAAAUCUACUGCAAAGCUAAUCCAAGGUUAAACCUUGCCAUUAGAGAUGGUAGGGUUGUUCUGGCUAGAGCUGAUCCCUCUGAUGAGCGCCAGCACUGGAUCAAGGAUGAUAAGUUCGGGGCAAACGUGAGAGAUGACGAAGGUCACCCGGGCUUUUCUCUGAUUAAUCUGGCUACUGGUGAAGCACUCAAACAUAACAAUGGAGAGGCUCAGCCUGUGGAACUGGCACGUUACAAGCCAAAUGAAUGUAAUACAACAUUAAUCUGGAGCGAGAGCAAGGUGAUCGAGGAUGAAGGGUAUAAAGCCAUAAGAGCGGUUGAUAACAUUCACCUCAACAUGGAUGCAGACCUUCGUGAUAGCCCCGAAGUCUGUGAUGGCAAUAGGAUUGUGCUCUGGGGCUGGAAGACAGGAAAUAACCAGAUAUGGAAGAUUAAACCACACUGAUGGUUUGCAAUUAUGGUGGUGGCAGUUACCGGAUCAAAGAGCUUGGAAGGAUCCCCUAUGCAACUCUU